UUUGGCUUCAGUCUUGUCAAGCUUCAACUCUUCUCUUCCCUCCGUCCCUCCCUCCCUCUCUCGUGUGCAUAUUCUGUCAGUAUUUACAGCGCAUCUGAAGAGAAUCCAUCUUCUCCCACCACUGCCCCUCUUCGUCCACUUGGGCAGCGGGCCUCGCAGAUACAGCAACCAUGGCAGACCGCCAGGCAACCCAGCUCAACCUGAACAACCUGCUGCCCAAGCUCAGUGACCCCGAUCCCGAUAUCAGAUAUAUGUCCCUGAAUGAUGUCCUGAGCAUCCUGAACAGCUCGAGUUCGACAUACCUCGCUCACGACCAGGCUUCGUCUGCUAGAGUGGCUGAUGGCUUGCUCAAGGCGCUGGAUGACCAACAUGGUGACGUGCAGAACCAAGCAUUGAAGUGCUUUGGUCCGCUUGCAGUUCGGUUACCGGUUGAAAGCCUCAUUUCCCUCCUCGAGAAACUAAGCACAUUGGCAACGUCGCUAUCGAUCGAUACCUCAGUCCCUAACACGGCCUUACGAGUCAUUGUCCAUGCACUUCCUCAUCCGCAGACUAAUCAGAUACCCAGCCAAGAGGCAACUGUAGCUUACUCGGCUAUUUCCAGAGUGCUGAUUCCUCGUUUGACCGGCCCGACUCCUUCUCCAUCUACAAGAAGAGGAUCUGUCGUCAAGGGUUUGCUGGAGAAGGAUCCCUCCAAGGGUUUCAGCAGUGAUGCUAUUGAUGUCUUGAUUGAAGUCGUUUCUAGCUUCGGGCCAUUGCUGAAGGAGACCGAAUUGACAGCCUUGCAGAAGUCCGCCAUGUCCAUUAUUGAUAACGACACGGCGGGCACGGUGGCUACGAAACGGGCGUUGGCGGCCAUUGCUGUCCUUGUCCUUCAUCUUUCCGAUCACCAACUGGGUGCCUUUGUUUCAGAACUUGUAGAAAGCUUCCGUUCCCCACACCUCACCGCGGCUCACCGCCGACACCUGAUCGCUACCGUUGGCAGUUUGGCGAGAAGUGCCCCAGCCAAGUUUGGCACGUAUCUCAAGACAUUGGCUCCUUUCGUUCUUGCUGCGGUUAGUGAAGAGGAGUUGCAAGAGGAGGACGAUGCACAUUCAGAUAUCAGUGAAGACCAUGAUCCUCAAGCGGACGAGCUGCGCGAGACAGCGUUGGUGACCCUGGAGGCUCUAAUCAGCUCCUGCAGUCAACAGAUGCUACCUUACCUGUUAGAUUCGGUUAGAGCAGCCCUACGGUACAUUAAGUACGAUCCAAACGUGGCGGAGACUGAAGAGGAUGAGGAGAUGGGAGGCACCCAGGAAGAAGCCAGUGACGACGGUGCCACUGAGGAAUCUGACGAUGCAGACGAUGCAGAUGAUGAAUUUGCCGAUUUCGAGGAAGAGGGUGGCUAUAGCGAUAUCGAUGAUAUCAGCUGGAAAGUCCGCCGAUGUGCAACGAAGGUGUUGUACCGCGUCAUCUCAACGUACGACCGUGGCCGUACGUUAGAAGACACGCUCCUGUAUCAGAAGAUUGCUCCCGCUCUUAUUUCACGGACGAAAAAAGAACGAGAGGAAAGUGUUAAGCUCGAGGUAGUUUCUACACUGACUGCCGUCGUUCGUAAGACUAGCGAGGGCGGCGUGGUCAUCACGCCGACGGGCUUCCUCGAAUCCGUCGGUGGAUCAAAGAACUCGAGGAAGAGGAGGCGACAGGAUAGUGAUGCGAGCAUGAUCGACUUUGAACCCAGUAUUGGCACCUCAUCAGCCAUCAGCUCCCCCGUUGCCGCGCCAUCAUCACCUAAAUCGGGUCCUCAAUUAGACUUAGCCCGUUUAACACCCUCUAUUGUUCAGAGCCUGGUUAAAACAUGGAAACAGGCUUCAGUGUCUCUUAAACAAGCUGCGAUUGUUCUCCUCAAGAGUCUGGCUCUCGUUCGGUAUGGAGGUCUAGCGGAUCAUCUGCAGCAGAUCGAAGACCCCAUGGCAGAUGCGCUGAAGACAACGACUCUUUCUGGGACUUCAACGGCCCCUGUUGGGGCUGCUAGUAGCGCCGGAACUCUGCAAAUUGAGACCCUACGCCUCAUAGCUGCGAUUGCAGAGACCCAUGCAUCUGAUGCCCUUCUUCCUUUCCUGAUUGCACUCAUUCCCGGUGUAAUUGACGCUGUAAAUGACCGGAACUACAAGGUUAGCAGCGAAGCACUUGGAGCAGUUGAACAGAUUGUGAAAGCCCUGACUCCGCCCCGGAUAUCGGCCAACCCUAAAGACAUUUCAAUGCAGCUAGAAAGACUGUACGACGUGGUUCUUGCUCAUAUCACGAAUACGAGUGCAGAUCUUGAAGUUCGCCAACGAGCGAUACAUGUGUUUGGCUUCCUUCUUGCCCGCACUUCCGGGGAGAAAGGUGCCGAAUUCCUCUCACCAGAUGGCCGGUUGAAAGGGCUUUCGGUCCUACUUGAUCGUCUCAGGAACGAAACGACGAGGCUUUCUGCUGUCCGCGCUAUUGACGAUGUCGCUGUUCUGGCAAGUUGCAAAGUGGACGUUACGGGAGCAUGGGUGAACGAAGUUACUGUGGAACUUGGUGCCCAACUAAGGAAAGCGGAUCGAACUCUUCGAAGCUCCUCUUUGGAGGCCUUGCGCAGUCUGGCCAUAAAUCCCAACACCAGAGCUCAGUACGAGCCCAAGACCAUCAAGCAGCUAGAAGAUGAUCUGUUGCCACUUAUCAGCGCCGAAGAUUUUCAUCUCCUUGCCGCAGCGCUCAUUAUUCUCGCAAGACUUGUGCCUGGAAAUGCCGAGCUGCUGGUCAACGAAAGUUUAAUAUCAGCGCUUUGCUCCAUUGUCAUGACAUCUGUUGUGGGCACUGUGCUCAAAGCGCUGCUGCUACUUGUGAAGGUGAUUGGAGAACAAGGUGCUGGGGCCGAGCUUAUGAGGCGACUUCUACGAGAUGUUGGCAUCAAUGGUGAUUCUUCCGUUGUAGGAAGGGCAAUUGGAACUCUCCUUGUUCACGGUGGACCCAACUUGGGUGUGAAAAUGGAAGAUUUCUUAACUGAACUGCAAACUGCCCAGGAUGUCCAACGGAAAUGCCUUGCGCUUGCCAUCCUAGGUGAAGUCGGCCUGCGCAUGGGCUCUGCCUGUUCGCUUACACCGGACCUCUUCAUUACAAAUUUCAGUUCCAAGUCGGACAAGGUUCGUCUGGCGGCUGCUACUGCCCUCGGUAAUGCAGCUGCGGGUAAUAUCAAGGCUUAUUUGCCCAUUAUUUUGGGAGGACUGGAUCGAUCAAACUCUCAGAACUACCUGCUUAUCCAUUCAGUGAAAGAACUGCUUCAACAUUCCGAGGUUGCUGGCCCGGGCCUUGCACCCUCUGCUGUUAAAUUAUGGCAAGCUCUUCUCGCUGUGUCAGAGGAGGAAGAAAAUCGUGCUGUGGGAGCGGAGUGUAUUGGACGUUUGGCCUUGCUGGAUCCUGCAUCUUACAUACCCAACUUCCAGGAGCACUUGUCCGAUUCAAACUCGACUCUUCGCGGAGUCGUCAUAUCAGCAUUCCGCUAUACCCUCACAGAUUCUAGCGACGCCUAUAAUGACGUGCUUAGACCAUUGGUCGUACCUCUGUUGGUCAACAUGCUCAGUGAUCGUGAUCUUGGCAACCAUCGUCUUGCCUUGACAACACUGAAUUCCACAAUUCACAAUAAAAAGAGUCUGAUUAUGCCACACCUCAGUGAACUACUUCCAGCUGUCAUCGGGGACACGCAUAUCAAACCGGAGCUCCUCCGCGAGGUACAGAUGGGGCCAUUCAAGCAUAAGGUUGAUGAUGGUCUUGAACUUAGGAAGACCGCCUACGAAACCCUCUAUUCAUCCCUCGGCACGACCUUCUCCCGCACACACAUUCUCGAAUUUUUCGACCGCAUCCUCGCUGGAAUUGCAGACGAACAAGAUAUCCGCACGAUCUGCAACCUCAUGACCUCCAAACUGAUCACCCUCGCCCCCGAAGACACCCAGCGCCACCUCGAUGCCCUUUCAGAACGCUACUCGGCUGUCCUGUCAUUCAAACCUAAAGAAAAUGCCGUGAAGCAGGAACUUGAAAAAGCCCAGGAAGCUUCCCGAGGUAUUCUCAAGAUUACUCGGGAACUCAGCAGGGCGUUCCCCACCGCUGAGUCCUCGGCAGACUCUCUUAAAUGGACCGCCUAUUUGGAGUGGGUGCGAAAGACGUUCGCUGUUGAUUUGAAGAAUUUGGAUGUCGAAUGAGCCGUUCUUCAUCGUUGUCCGAGAACUCUUGUCGCUAUAUGUCUCUUUUGUCUCCUACAGGGAUAUGCAUGAUGUGGAUCCUAGAUCUUUUUAUACCAAAAUCAAAUGCAUGGUAUUGGCUAUCAGUUGACGGUCGAUUCCAUUUCUCACUACUCUUCUACCUUGUUUACAGGGCCAUGGCUAUUAUUGUAUCCUGGUUCAGUCUCCAUGCCCAAUGUAACUAGCACAAUGACCUUUGCAGACCCUCUUUUUUUUUUUUUGAGGAAGAGAUUGCCUGUUGUGAAAAUUCAUGCAACAUGCAUUACAAUGGACUAUUGGAAAGCC